ACAGGUCUUUUGUUUUCGAUUUCCAUGUGUGCAGCUCUGCAUCCAGACGGAAAUUGAUAGUUUGCACGCCAAAUUUCAGCAUUUCUGGCCCAAAAAAUCACCCAAAAUGAGGAUUGAGACGUGCUAUUUCUGCAGUAGUAAAAUUUACCCCGGUCACGGCAUGGUUUUCGUGCGAAAUGAUUGCAAGAUCUUCCGUUUCUGCCGUUCCAAAUGCCGUCGCGCCUUCAACAAAAAGAAGAAUCCCCGCAAGACAAAAUGGACACUCGCCUAUCGCAAGGCUGCUGGCAAGGAACUCACGGUCGAUCCCAGCUUCGAAUUCGAAAAACGUCGCAAUGUGCCCGUCAAAUACAGCCGUGAGUUGUGGACAAAGACAAUUAACGCCAUCGAGAAGGUCAACGAGAUCCGGGAUCGUCGAGCGGGGCAUUAUGUCAUGCAACGCCUGCGAAAGGGCACCGAACGCGAAAUCCACAACGACAUUCGGGAUGUGCAAAAGAACAUGUCGCUUAUCCGGUCGCCGGCUGCUGGUCUCAAAGAGCGUCGCGAAAAGGAAAAAUUGCAAGAAUCGGCGCUCAUGGAACAAGAAGAUGCCGAGGGAGAGGAGGAAAUUCAGUAUGUGGAUGCCCGAGCGCUGGAAAAACAGUUGGAAGAGGGCGGUAUGAUGGAAGACGACGAGGAAAUGAUGGCUGCUUAAGUUUAUUUUACUACUACUUUACGUUAAUUAAAUAUAUUUUAUGAAUUAAUUCACGAAAAA